GACCCACCCACUGCACCACCACCACCGCCUUAGUGUGUUUGUCCUGAGCGCUGGGAGCAGACAAGGAGACACUGUCGUGAAGUCCGGGCUGACCGAGGGGGGAAGUCACCGCUGAGGCCACUGACUGGGACAAAAGGAUAGCAGAACAAGGGCACACAGGACAGGGGGAAGAAGCGCACCGCUGCAAGGAGUUGGAAGCAGGAGUGCUGACAUUUGACAGAAGAUGAGCACGUACACAGUGACUCUGAAUGGCCCUGCUCCAUGGGGCUUCAGACUACAGGGAGGAAAAGACUUCAACAUGCCACUAACUAUCUCCAGGAUAACUCCUGCCAGCAAGGCAGCGGGUGGCAGCCUGGCCCAGGGCGACAUCAUCACAGCCAUUGAUGGAGUCAGCACCGAGGGGUUGACACACCUGGAGGCCCAGAACAAGAUCAAGUCCGCAACAAACAAACUGACACUCACAAUGCAGAAAUCAAGACGUCCAGCUCCAGUCCCCACGGCAACUCCGAGAAUGGACUCGCCCAUGACUGUCAUCGCACAUCAGAAGGUUAUCGCAAACACAGCUGGAAAUGUGGAGUAUUCUCCCAGCUUCAACCCCAUCGCUUUCAAAGACUCUGCCCUCUCCACUCACAAGCCCAUUGAAGUGAGGGGUCCCGGAGGAAAGGCCACCAUCGUUCACGCUCAGUACAACACACCCAUCAGCAUGUACUCACAGGACGCCAUCAUGGAUGCAAUAGCAGGACAGUCGCAGGCCAAAGGACACGAAAGUGAGGAGGCCGGCUCUCCCCUGUCUGGGGUUCUGCCUGUUAAGGAGCCUGUGGUGGAUUGUGCGUCCCCUGUAUAUCAGGCAGUCAUCAGGCCUGGAGACACGAACCAGGACAUGUCUGAGUGGGCUCGGCGUGCUGCCAACCUGCAGUCUAAAAGCUUCAGGAUCCUGGCCCACAUCACUGGCACUGAAUAUCUGCAAGAUCCUGAUGAGGAAGCUCUGCAGAAGUCAAGAGAAAGGUUUGAGUCUGAAGUCAAAGGGCCACGCUUUGCCAAGCUGAAGAACUGGCACCACGGAUUGUCUGCACAGAUCCUCAACAUCCAGGAGUAAAGAGAAGCAAAGCGAGAGGGGAAAAAGACAAAAGCAAGAAAGGACAUGUAAACAUGGGCGAAACCUUCAGAGUUGACAGGAAAUAAAAAGGGAGUGGAAGAGGCGAAAACUCCUCAGGAAUGUGAGAUCUGUGUAUCUUAGAUUAGAUUAGUGGAAUGUGAAGUAGCACAUGUUAGCGUGUGAAUACUUUUAUGUUGAAAUGCUUAAAUAUCAAAUAUAUCUGUCUGCUGCUAAAACCGUAUCUCACAUUUGGGUUUUUUUCUUUUUCUUUUUCCUGAUGAUUUGCGUUCUCCAUCUCUGAAGAAAAAAGUGUUGUACAAAACGAGGAGCAUCUAAGUGAAAAUGCAGAAAUCACGACAGAAACUAUGUUCAGAAAUGCAUGAGUUUCAACCCUGUUCGCACGUUUGCCUGAUGUCACAGUAGGACAAAUAUGUUCAGAGAUAUUUAUCUUCAUACACCAAUACAGUAUGUAAAAAAUGCACUCAAAAAUGUACUGAUGUUAAUGUGAAUAAAUGUUUUCUUAAAUCUA